AUGUCGCUGAGCCCCAAGCACACGACGCCUUUCUCGGUCACCGACAUCCUCAGCCCGAUGGAGGAAAGCUACAAGAAGUUCGGCGGCAUGGACGGGGCAGGCGGGCUGGGCGCGCCCCUCGGGCCGUACCGCCAGGCGCCCGUGCCCCCCUCCGCCGUCCCUCAGCACGUUCCGGCGGGCGCGGCCGCCUACCACAUGCCCCACGGCGUGUCGCAGUUCCCGCACGGCGCCGUCGGGGGCUACUGCAACGGCGGGCUGGGCAACGUGGGCGAGCUGCCCGCCUACCCCGAGGGGAUGCGGGGCGGCGGGGCGGCGGGCGGCGGCUGGUACGGGCCCGGCGGCGACCCCCGCUACUCCAGCAUCUCCAGGUUCAUGGGGCCGUCGGCGGGGAUGAACGUGGCCGGCAUGGGCGGCCUGAGCGGCAUCGCCGAGGGCGCCAAGGCCAUCGUGCCGCUGCACGCGGCGCCGCGGAGGAAGAGGAGGGUGCUCUUCUCCCAGGCGCAGGUCUACGAGCUGGAGCGGCGCUUCAAGCAGCAGAAGUACCUGUCGGCGCCGGAGCGGGAGCACCUGGCCAGCCUGAUCCACCUGACCCCCACGCAAGUGAAGAUCUGGUUCCAGAACCACCGCUACAAGAUGAAGCGCCAGGCUAAGGACAAGGCGGCCGCCCAGCAGCUGCACCCCGACGGCGGCGGCGGCGGCGGCGCUGGCCUGUGCCAGCAGCCCUCGCCGCGCCGCGUGGCCGUGCCGGUGCUGGUAAAGGACGGCAAACCCUGCCCGCCGCCGGGCAGCGGCACCCCGGGCCCCGGGCCCGCCGUCCCCGCGGCCCCCGCCGCCGCCGCCCCCGCCGCGCACCCGCACCCCGGCUCGCUGGGGCAGGCGGCCGACCUGGAGGAGCUGUCGCCCAGCCCGCCGGCUCUGCACGGCCCCGUGGCCCCCCUGGCCCCCCUGGACUCGGCCGGCGUCGACUACAACGGCGGCAUGGUCAGCCCAAACCUGCUCUACGGCAGGACGUGGUAA